UUUACAGAUAUUUUAAAUGAUAUGAUGGGUAAUUCUGAAAGCAACUGCUGCGACCUUUUAAAAGAUGGCGGUGAAACCAAAAAGUGUGGAAACAAAGAGUCCUAUCGUGACUCUAAGGCUGAAGAUACCAACAGCAACAACCGGGUUGAAGAAAAACUUUCUGUAGAUGUGGAUAAUCAGGAAGCUUUCCUACAAAACGAACAUUCAAAGAUAAUUCUAGAUGACACUCACACACUUGCUUCCACAACUGUGGGGUCUAAUGUAGAUGGAGGCAGUUACAUGGAUAAAAGAGAGGCCCUGGAGCAGAUCAUCCAAAACGAAACGCCACAAACUCCACAAAGCAAACCUUCCAAACCAAAAGGGUUUGACCCCCGCUCUCCAAGCAGCAGCAUCACCAGAACCCCGAUUGCGAUGGGAAAAAUCACAGAACAAGCUGGAAUUCUCGACCCACGUUCUCCAAGCAUUGGUGUUGAUAGAACCCCAAUAGUGAUUAAGGAGAAAGUAGACGAAUGUCUGAGUGAUCCACGCUCCCCUACAGCUGGUGUAGAGCGUACUCCUAUCAUUAUUCAAUCGUUAGAAGAUGCUCCCAUUGUAAAUGGUUCAAAAGAUCUGCAUGACCCACGAUCACCCACUACCGAAGUGUACAGGACACCUAUGCGGGUCUCUUACAAUAAUGCAGGCAACCUGCGUCGAACUGUUCUUUUGACCAACACAUUAAUGUCUUCUCCAAACACUCGGCCAGUCGAAAAGAAUGAUACAGCUGAAGAAACAGACCAACAUGUCCCUGCUAUCACACUGGAAGAGUCUUCACCCACCAAUGAAGAAAAUGAAGAGAAACUCACACAGAAUGUGCUAUUGAACCUCAGCUGUGCCAGCAACUUAAACACAUCCCUAUCUUCGAGCAUGAUAGCUGUGCUUGGGAGUGAUUCGCGCUCAGUUAACUUUGAUGACAUGAGUGACACUGAAUUUAACUCUUGUAAUGUCUCUAUGGAAGACAGCAUUGGUUUAGAUGAAGUGAAAGAUGUCUUGGAUGAUUUACUUCUUGAUGCCUGCAUCACUGAAUCUACUGAGAGCAAGUCGGAUUCCGUUUCUAUCAGUGAGUCUAGUAAUGUUUUUCCAGCAAUCACAGCAGAGGUUACUGGUUCAUUUACCGAAGAAAUUAAAAUAUUUGACCAAGAUGCAGAGGAUGGCGAAGAAAAAGAUUCAGAAAAUUUACAAGUUGAGGAAAAUCCGAUAAAAAAUGAACAACUUUUACAAGUUGCAAUACCAAAGGUUGCAGAAGAAAGUUCUCAAGUUGAAACAGCACAGAGUUUUGGCAACACUCUUGAAGUUGCCAAUAAUUCGCCUGUUUCCAACUGUGGCACUGACAUCAGUGAUGUCCCAAUUGUUGAAGAGAUGUCUGUGUUGGAUGGAGAGCUGUAUCAAGCCAACAAAACAAAAAUGGAGGACCUGAAGAAUUUCUUACAAUCCGAGACCCCUCCUUCACAAAAAACUGAGAUUGAUACGAAUCAGCAACCAGCAACAUAUGUUAAAUUAAACAAAUCUAUGGAAAUUGUUGAAAAUAAAAGUUCUCCGAAAAUUUCUAGUGGAAGUAACAAGAAGACCAGCAUUCCCAUGCUCUCCACAUCCCAGUCCCGUAGAUCGUCCUAUGCAUCAAGUGGAAAGAAAGCACAAAGUGCUGGUUCUCUGGGUCAUGUAAUUCUUAAAGACCCAGUAAAAUCAGAUCAAUCUCCUAUAAUUAGAGAAGCCUCUUUCUCUGUGUUCAAGCACUCAGAUUCAAAGUCAUUGAACCGAACACCACUUGCUGUGUUGGGUCAUUGUAAUUCUCCUGAAACAAAAGGAAGAAGUAAACGUCAUGGUAACAUGGAACGACAUAGCUCUACAGAAUCUGCAAAAGCAACCAGUAGAGUUCCAAGGUACAGAGGUUCAGUGACUCGACCAAACACACCUAGUUCCAUUCAUGGGAAAGAAAACUAAACAGCAGACUUUUUAAAACCGGAGUGUUGUACAUUUGUGUUCUUACCUGUUAUCUAAAAUUUGAUAAAAUCAUUAGAAAAACUGCCAUCUUUGCUUUUGUUGAGUGUUUUGUCUUUGUGAAAAGAUGCAAUUCUUUAUCCUUACUUGUGUACUGCACUGCUAAUAAACCUAAAUUCAUAUUA